AUGUCCGUGAGCGGUGAUAAUGACAGCCGAACCAUCUAUGCAUUAAAAAAGAAAAAAGAGAAAAAAGAAGUCGUAUUCUAUACACAUUUCGAGGAAGUACUACAGAAAAUUAAUCCUUUUGGACCGUAUCAAAUUUUUGCUGUUAUUGUUAUUCUCUACGCUUCCAUUGAAUGGGCAGUAAAAGCACCCACAAACAACGAUAGUUGUGCUUUCAUGAAGAAAAACUGCCAAUCCUACACUGCUGAGAAAGAUUCGGUGGAGUUUGUGUCGCUGGUGGCGGAUUUCAAAUUAAUUUGUGACGAUGCUGAUAAGGUGAAAUGGAUCGAGAUCAUUCAAGCAGGCGGCUCUCUUAUUGGAUCGAUUAUCGGUGGACAUAUGGGCGAUCAUUUGGGGCGAAAGACGAUCUUCUUCAGUGGUCAACUCCUUAUCAUCAUCACCUCAAUGAUGUCAACAGCGUCAAGAGGCUGGAUAGCUUAUGCUAGCAUCCAGGGCGUCAAUUGUUUCCUUUAUGGAGUAAUUGAGGUCACUUCGCUCACAAUGAUGAUGGAGUACACAAACAAUAAAUAUCGAGUAAUUAUGGCGAACGCAUUCCAAUGGCCGUUUGCCUACAUGGCAAUUGCACUUAUAGCAGUCUUAACAAAGGGAUGGCAAAAUUUCUUCGUUUUCUUGAAUUUGGUCUCUUCACCGCUUGCAAUCGGUUUCAUGCUGUUUCUGGAAUCACCACGAUGGCUAAUCGCUACCGGAAAAUUGGAUAAAGCUUGUGAGGUUUUAAACGACAUAGCACAUCAACGUUGGAAUAAUACAAAAGCUCGUUUCACUACACAAGAUAUAUCUUCUAUUCAUAAAAAUGAAAAGAAACGAUUCUACACGUUCUUUCAUUUGUUUAGCUCUCCUCGUCUUGCCAAACAAUCUCUAAUGCAAAUUUUGUCGAUGUUCACCUAUGCUAUGGUUUCGAAUACCUACCUAUAUACUGUUAGUGGAAUGCAUGAUUCCGCAAUUAUGUUCGUAUUUUUGGAUGGGAUAUUCCGUCUAUUCACUCCUUUUAUUAUUAUUUUCCUUGACAUUCAACUACCACAAUUUGGACGAAAAAUUCAAUUUAUCGGUGCUCUCGUCAUCGAAGGAGUACUUUUUGGGGUUGUAAUCCUUCUUCUAGCGCUCGGAUAUGCUUACGAUCAUAUUGCUGUCUCCAUCCUGGUGAUUAUAACAACAAUGAUUAAUGACUGUGUUUUCUGGAUAAACAUAGUGCAAAUCACGACGCAACGUUAUCCAACAGUGAUCCGAUCGAUCGCUUUUGGAUCUCUCCAUUCUAUUAAGCACAUCGGUUCAAUAGUAGGCUUGGUGAUCUUAACACCGUUGCUUAAUUCAUGGGCACUAGGAGCGUUCAUCAUUCCGGAGAUACUUAUUGUCAUCACGCUCAUCACAGGCUUUUUCCUACAACCAGAAACUAAAGGAAAAGCGUUGAUGGAUCAGAUGGUCGAGGCAAACUAUGGUCGUCUUGAGAACGAGCUUCCUCGGGCGCUGAUCCGAUUAGCAGCUGGGCAUAAAGUAGCACAAAUGGAGGCCCGAGAGAAGUACCGUAAGGAAUUAGAAGCCGCACAAGCUGCGAGCAGAGCUGGCGAGAACGUAAACAGCCCGUGGGCUUUUAAGGGUUUGUCGAAGGAACAAGAUCCUUCCGAAAGACGAACCUCAUCGAUGAAGAACGACGGAGAUCGCUACGAAUACCAAGGGAACCCGAAACAAUCCGAGAAAGCUCAGCUGAACCACUUUGAUAACGAUGGCUUCGACGAGGACGAAGAAAAUCCCGAGUCCGACCUAGGCAUUCCUCAAUCCAGCAAUGAAUGGAAAUUGUAG